AGAGGGCGCACAUGAAAUAUUUUUCAAGGAAUAAGAAAUCCGUUCAAAGGUCAAUUUAGAUUGUUUCCGGUGGUCACACGGAGGCGAUAAGAGGGUAAAAUGUUGUUACGAAGGGUGUUACACAUUGGACAGUUGACAAUAAAGCACAGCAGAUCCAUCCAACACAGUUCUGUAUGGAGGAGCCCUCUUAUACCCAUAGUUGUGGAGCAGACUGGUAGAGGAGAACGAGCAUACGACAUUUAUUCUCGACUCUUGAAGGAGAGAAUCAUUUGUGUGAUGGGACCUAUUGAUGACUCCAUAGCCAGUCUGGUUAUCGCUCAGCUGCUCAUUUCUGCAGUCAGAAAGCACAACAAACCCAUCCACAUGUACAUCAACAGCCCUGGCGGCGUGGUGACAGCAGGCCUGGCCAUUUACGACACCAUGCAGUACAUCCUCAAUCCUAUUUCCACCUGGUGUGUUGGGCAGGCAGCCAGUAUGGGCAGCCUACUGUUGGCAGCAGGGUCAGUGGGCAUGAGGCAUUCACUGCCCAACGCCCGCAUCAUGGUGCACCAGCCAUCAGGAGGUGCCAGGGGUCAAGCCACAGACAUUGCCAUCCAGGCGGAGGAGAUCCUGAAGCUGAAGAAACAAAUCAACAACAUCUACGCCAAACACACCGGCCAGCUGCUGGAAACCAUUGAGGCCGUAAUGGAACGGGAUCGCUACAUGAGCCCCAUGGAGGCGCAGGAUUUUGGUAUCAUCGACCGGGUUCUUGUCCACCCCCCUCGCGCUGGUCAGGAUGAGCCAGAGCUGGUUCAGAAGGAGUCAGCGUCUUCAACCAGUCCUCCUCCAGCACCUGAGUCUUCGAUCCCAGAGCAGACCUCACCUGGGACCAUUCCCACCUCCUCAUACAAACCUGGGCCAUGAACCUUCAGAACUGUUAGGGGUCUGCAAGCAGAUCUUAGGAUUUGAUGCCUGAGAAGGGCACGAAGCCUCUGUGGUGUAUUUUAGUUAUUUCUCUUUGUUACCUUCUGGCACCAACAUUAAAUUUACACAUGUGCAGGCACUGCGGCAUAUUUAUGCAAGCGAUCAAAACAAGGAGUGCUUUUAUUUAACAAGAAAACCAAGUUAUUUAUUAAAAAAGCAAGUAACAUGGUUAACCUGUGACUCUUGUUACAUUGGAGGUAGAUCUGAACUAGCUUGGUUCCUGAACUGUUCCUUUGAAAACUAAAUGCUAAAAAUCUA